AUUGUCAACAUAUCUGUGCAUUUCUAGGGUUUAUUGUGAUCCCAAAUUCUCUCUGUCUCUAGUCUAGGGGUUCGCCGCCUCUACUAAGAAAUCAUGGCUCGCCGAAGCUCUGGAAGAUCUGCUCGUCCUGCCCCCCGUGCUGCCCCUCGUCCUGCUCCAGUAAACCAUGCUCCUCCACCAGCUCCCAUGCAAAGUAGUGGUGGUGGAUCCAUGCUUGGUGGUAUUGGUUCUACCAUAGCUCAAGGUAUGGCCUUUGGUACCGGAAGUGCUGUGGCACACAGGGCUGUAGAUGCUGUCAUGGGUCCACGCACCAUUCAACAUGAAACUGUUGCUUCUCAGGCACCUGCUACAGCUGCUCCAAUGACUAGCGGUGCUGGUUCAGAUGCUUGCAGUAUGCACACUAAGGCAUUCCAUGAUUGCAUUAAUAGCUCCGGAAGUGACAUUGGCAAGUGUCAGUUCUACAUGGACAUGUUGUCCGAGUGCAAGAGGAACUCAAUGAUGAAUGCCUAAGCUUUUGUUGGUUGGGUGUUACUUUUAUAAUGUUAAACUCAUUCUUAAUGGUAUUGUUGGAAUAACGAUGGAAUUCUGAUCUAGGUGCAUUGAUUUGGCAAAGUGAAUUUGGUUCUUGAUAUACCGUGCCUCCAAUAAUUAUAGGCUGAAGCCUGUGAAGUAUUGGACUUUUAUAGACCUGUCCAUGCUACUAUAUUUCAGUUUGCUUUUUAUGCUAUGAUGUGCUGCCUUUGAUUAC